UAAUGUGAUUUGUAGAGUAGUGUCUCAUUUAAAUAUUUGUGGGAUUUUGAGAAAGAUGCUAACUUUGCAAAAAAAUUAUAUGGGGGUGUUUUAUUGGGGAGAUAAUUAGUUGGUUUUUGAUGGUUGAAAAUUAAAAUAGUGUAGUCUGUGUUUUGUUCUGCUUGUUCAAUUUGCACGUAUGCUUAUCAUUGCAGAAUUUUCUGUUUUCCUUUUCCUUUUCCUUUUUUCUGUUUUUUUUUUCCCUUAGAAAUAAGCAUUCUUAUCAUGAGUGAAGCAAAAGCUAGCUUGGUAGGUUGACUAAAUGUUCGUGAAUUGUUAGUUCUUUGGAAAGCAGGAUGCUUUGAUUGGCUUCAUAAAGCUUAAUUUUUCAACUCCUAUUUUUUAGUAUUAUGUUUUUCUUUUCUUAUUUUGGACAUUGAGCACUCGCCAGUCGCCACACUUCAAGUUUUUGGGGUUUCCCAUGGGGAUUUGGCUCUUCUAAAGUAAGAGUCACUUUAUAGGGUAAAUGAGAGAGCUGGAUCCUUCCCAUGGUGUGCCCCAGUUCUCAGCUAUUUGGCCUGCUGUUUCUGUAAAGAAGACCCCAAUAAGAUAACAGGAGGGUACCCUUUUUUUUUAAGAUGAUAUUGGUGCAAUGCUUUUACUGAAAAUACCCCAUUAAAAUAACUGAAGUGUAUCUUUUUAAUUUUACUUUUUUUCGGUGCUAAUGGUAGGGGCUUGUGUGCUAAAUUCAAGGAUAUAUCACCUUUCACUUCAAAUUUAUGAAUAAACUCACACAUGCUUGUGUAUCCGGCUGUAUAAGUUGCAAGUGCCACUCUUAAUUUUCAAUUUUAGCUUUAUAUUAAUGUUUUAGCCAUCAAAUUGUUUGAAUGCUAAUGCAUAAGACUUAUAGUUGUGGCACAUCAACAUGAUACAAGUUUACAUGGGAAUUCAGGCUACUUCCUUGUGAAGGCUAUAUAGUAUUAAAAAGCUUUUCUGUGGCUAGUAUAAAACUGAGUGUAUAUGUUAUGUUUGUGAAAUUGUUAUAAAGCAACCCUGUUAGAAGUUAUUGUUAUCUUCUUUAAUUUUUCUACUUUUGAGAUCUUAACCUAGUCGUCGUUCGAACCAUGCUUUUGUACAGAGCUUCUGAUUAUCCAAAAGAAUCUGAUGGAGCCUUCUUACAGAUGAGACUGUCUUAUAGCCCUGCUGCUGAAUUUUUCCUUUUUAUGGUUAAGUGGAUUGAUUGUCGUCUCGCUGGAGCCUUGGGAUUUCUUAGGAUUCUCAUAUACAAGGCAUAUAAUGAUGGGAAGACAACCAUGUACGUUUAUGAAAGAAAAGCCAGCCUGAAGGAGUUUUAUGGUGUGAUAUUUCCGUCUUUAUUACAACUCCACAGAGGAAUCACUGAUGUAGAUGAAAGGAAACAAAGGGAUUUAUGCGCUACAAAGUACAAGCCUAAAGAUAUGAUUAGAAAAGGAAAACUAUCUGACAUUGAUUUAGAGAGGGAAGAAGAAUGUGGUAUUUGUAUGGAGACGAACAAGAAGGUUGUGUUGCCCAAUUGCAACCAUUCAUUGUGCGUGAAAUGCUUCAGAGACUGGCACACCCGAUCUCAAUCUUGCCCUUUCUGCCGGGACAGUCUUAAAAGAGUAAAGUCUGGUGAUCUUUGGAUCUACAUGAACAGCAGUGACAUAGAUGACUUGACUUCAAUCAACAAGGAGAAUUUAGAAAGGCUGUUUUUGUACAUUGACAAGUUACCUUUGACAUUGCCAAUUCUGAAUGUUCAGGCCCUCGACAAUUCUGAAUUCCAUUUAGUGAACUCUGGAUCUACAUGACUUGGCUAGGUUUUGGAGAAAUAUGGAUUGGCUUCAAUCAACAGGGAUAAUUUAAAUAGGCUACCAAGUGUACAUUGAAAGUUUCCUGAGUGUGUGAGGUCCUAUCUAUAUUAAUGUCUUAUCCUAAGCACUUUUGAAUUGUAUUUAGUGAAAGCUAACUUCAAAGUAUGUUUUGUCUUAGUGUCACAUUGAAAAAUGGAAUUAGUCAAACUGUAAAUAUAUGCCUUCAAAGUCAAAUUAUAUUUUCAUUCACAUUCAAAUUAAA